GUCCAACCUGCUCAGUUGCUUCUCAUUCUCUAACACUCACCACGACUCGUACAUGCUGCUUUUUCGGUCGCUCAUGCUGUAUUGCAUUCACAUCGUCCCGGAGGAUCCCGAUGUUGUGGAAAUCGUUGGCGCAUUCACGGGAAGUCCUAACCCUCCUCUCCCACGCACAAUCAGAUCCAUUCAAUCUUGCAAGCCUUUGGGCGAGAUCGAGUUCGGAAUCACCGAGGAGGAUGGGGUAUGACCCGGUAUUAGACGAGUGCGGGAUCUCGUUGCGGAAGCUUACAAGGCGAGCUCAACAUCUAUCGGGGAUGAUGACAAGGCGAUGGAGGUUGGUGCGGACGAGAUGAGAUUGCGUCAGUGCGAGCACGCGCUGAGAGAAGGAUUCCAUGCUUUUAUCGAGGAAAUACGUGGCAAGAAGGUCACAGCCGCUCCCCCGAAGAUGGUCUCAGCGGCUUUUCCAAGGAAGGUUUCGGUCGAGCUGAGGCGCAUCUCGAGGUCGCGGCCUGGACCCGUACGGGACGAGUCGAUGUUAACGAGUUUUUCGCAUUGAUCACGUUUCGUUUUCUUCCCAACCAUCGUU